AUGGAUUCGACGGACCCCGGCCCGUCGCAGGACACUCCCGAUCACGGCAUUACGCAAGCGCAGGCUCCCAGAGACGACGGUAUUACCUUGUCUGUACAAGCGAUUACGGAAUCUACGGAAUCCACAGAAUCUACUGGCGAUGAUCACAGCACCGUCUCCGAUGAACGGCCACCGCCUCUUCCCCCGCGCCCGGGCACAUUGAAUCUGUUAGAUGAAGGAGGGGCAUCUCUCCGGGUACCGCGACAGCCUGCACAACCGGCUCUGCAGUCCAGGGCUACGACUGCGGUAUCUCUCCCAGAUGUUGCUUCUCAAGAUACCGGGAAGGAUACUUUCGCUGCACGCAAUUCACAAGGCGCGCUGAAGGCCAAGGCGAGCCUCAGCCACUUGGCCAGCCCAAGAGGAAGCGAAGCUGGCGAUACUGCCAGUAUCAGGAGCUCCAUACCUCAAGGAGAUCUAGGCGACGUCGAAAAUGUCUUCGGUGACUUUCUGGCGACGGAGCCUGGUCUUAUCCGCCAGCAUAACACGGGACUCUUGCAAUUCCCGGAAUUCCAAGCCGACGAUGUCGAAGACGAUUUUGCUUCGGAGUUUGAGCCAGUGGGAGACGUUGGCGAAGAAGGGGAGAACGAAGAACUGGUCCUGGAAAAUUGGAAGUCGAAACGGAAACACUACAUUAUCCUCUCAGCUGCUGGCAAACCGAUAUGGACGCGACAUGGUGAUGGUGGUCUUAUAUCGACCUAUGUUGGCGUCAUCCAGACUAUCAUCUCGUUCUAUGAAGAUUCCAAGGACCGUCUAAGCAGCUUCUCCGCCGGUGAUACAAAGUUCGUGGUGGUCAACAAGGGGCCAUUGUACCUGGCUGCGAUCAGUCGCAUGCUUGAGAGUGAAACUCAGCUCAAGCUCCAGUUGGAAGCCCUAUAUAUGCAAAUAUUGUCUACUUUGACCCUUCCAUCUUUAACUCACCUCUUCUCUAUUCGCCCUUCUACCGACCUCAAACGGCCACUCCAAGGCUCUGAGACACUUCUAUCCACAUUAGCCGACAGCUUUACGAAGGGCUCCCCAUCCACGCUACUUUCCGCAUUGGAAUGCCUCAAGAUUCGCAAAUCCCAUAGACAAGCGAUCAACAACACUCUCCUGAAGACCAAGGUCAGCGGCCUUCUCUAUGGCUUGGUCGUGGCAGGCGGUCGGCUUGUUAGUGUUGUCCGGCCCAAGAAGCAUUCUCUGCACCCCGGCGAUCUGCAGCUCCUUUUUAACAUGAUCUUUGAAGCUGAAGCUGUUAAAGCUGGCGGUGGCGAGAGCUGGAUUCCAGUGUGCCUACCAGGCUUCAACAGCAGUGGGUACCUCUACAUGUAUGUCAGCUUCCUCGAUCUUCGAGAGGACACUGGCAGUACUGCGGACGAUACUACCACGAAAGAAGAGUCUGUUGCUAUCAUUCUGAUAAGCGCCAAUAAAGAAAGCUUCUUUGAGAUGCAAGGCAUGCGUGAUGCAUUCGUAGAGCAACUGGAAAAGAAUGGCAGUCUCGAAAUCAUCAGAGAAGCCGUCGACAAGGGCCGCCCCAGCACAACAGACAUAGUUCCCGGGACCGUCCUGCAUCACUUCUUAUACAAGUCACGGGCCAAUGUACAAUUCACCAUGUCCGCGUAUGACCCGGAGUUUUCCUCGGUAUCCCGACGUCGCAGGCUAAUGUCCACCUAUAAUAAUCUACAUGCAAGCAUCCAUGCUAAGCAUACCCACGUCAAGAUUCACCACUGUCUCUCGCAAUCCUCGAGCUCGUUUGCAUGGGUGACACCAGUGUUCGAAUUCUAUUGCGUUGCAAAUGCAAAUGCGAACCGGAAUGCAUUGGCGCAGAGCGCAAGCAAGAUAAUAGAAUGGGUGCAUCAAGAAGAGGAGAGGCUGUUUAUUAUUGGCGGUGCGCUUUCCUUGAAACAUGUUCUGGUCAAAGUCACCAUCUAG